CACUGGUUCACCAUUCUAAGUAGCUGAACUAAAUUUUGUUUAGUGGAAACUAAGGAUAAGGGUGGCUGUCGCUGCGUUCGCCCAAGCUGAGUCGCUCUCUAAACGUAGCUCUUCUAUUUCGCUACGCACAUAGUAGUAACUCCGCGAAGGCCAGCAGUCAAGCCAACUUUAGCUCUGUCCUUUUGCCUGACGCCGCAUAACUUUUGAAAAUGACCUCUAUGUACGUUGUCAAGCGCAAUGGCCGACAGGAGCCAGUCAUGUUUGACAAGAUUACAGCUCGCAUUGUCAAGCUUGCAUAUGGCUUGAAUCCGGACUUCUGUGAUGCUGUUCUGGUUGCCCAGAAGGUCGCCGGUGGAGUCUACAAGGGCGUCACGACGUCGGAGCUUGACGAGCUUGCUGCUGAGACAGCUGCUGCCCUCACAUCCACUCACCCGGACUACGCCAUUCUCGCCGCUCGCAUUGCUGUUUCCAACCUCCACAAGAACACUCUCAAGUCAUUCAGCGACACGAUGACAAAGUUGUUCAACUACAAGAACCCCCGCAAUGGCGACGAGGCGUCUCUGAUCGCGAAGGACGUCUACGAGAUUAUCAUGGCGAACGCCGAACGCCUUAACAGCGAGAUCCGGUACGACCGUGAUUUCGACUACGACUACUUUGGCUUCAAGACCCUCGAGCGGUCGUACCUCCUCCGCAUUGACGGCCGUGUGGUGGAGCGCCCCCAGCACAUGCUCAUGCGCGUGUCCAUCGGCAUCCACAAGGAGGACAUUGACUCCGCCAUCCAGACGUACCACUCGAUGUCGGAGCGCUGGUUCACGCACGCCUCGCCCACGCUGUUUAACGGCGGCACCCCGCGCCCGCAGCUGAGCAGCUGCUUCCUGUUGGCCAUGCGGGAUGACUCGAUUGACGGCAUCUACGACACCCUCAAGGAGUGUGCCGUCAUUUCCAAGAGCGCGGGUGGCAUUGGUCUGUCGAUCCACAACAUUCGCGCCACCGGUUCGUACAUCCGCGGCACCAACGGCACCUCAAACGGCAUUGUGCCCAUGCUGCGUGUCUUCAACGACACUGCCCGGUACGUGGACCAGGGCGGCGGCAAGCGCAAGGGCGCCUUUGCCAUCUACAUGGAGCCCUGGCACGCGGACGUGUUUGACUUCCUGGACCUCCGCAAGAACCACGGCAAGGAGGAGGCGCGCGCCCGUGACCUGUUUUACGGCCUCUGGGUGCCGGACCUGUUCAUGGAGCGUGUCGAGGCGGACAAGGAGUGGAGCCUCUUCUGCCCCAACGAGGCCCCCGGCCUUGCUGACUGCUGGGGCGCCGACUUUGAGCGGCUGUACACGCAGUACGAGCAGGACGGCCGCGCGCGCAAGGUGGUUCGCGCGCAGCAGCUCUGGUUUGCCAUCCUGGAGGCCCAGGUGGAGACGGGCAACCCGUACAUGCUGUUCAAGGACUCGUGCAACCGCAAGUCCAACCAGCAGAACCUGGGAACGAUCAAGUGCUCUAACCUCUGCACGGAGAUUAUCGAGUACACCGGCCCGGACGAGAUUGCCGUGUGCAACCUGGCCUCCAUUGCGCUGCCCCGCUUCGUCCGCGAGCGCGGCAGCCAGCUCGGCUGGGAGUCCAAGAAGCUGGUGGGCAGCCUGGACGCCGCCAACCGCUACUUUGACUUUGACAAGCUCGCCGAGAUCACCCGGAUGACGACCCGCAACCUGAACAAGAUCAUCGACGUCAACUACUACCCGCAUCCCAAGUGCCGCAACUCCAACAUGCGCCACCGCCCCAUUGGUCUGGGCGUCCAGGGCCUGGCGGAUACCUUCCUCCUCCUCGGCAUGCCCUUCGACUCGCCCGAGGCCGCCGAGCUCAACCAGCAGGUCUUCGAGGUGAUCUACUACGCUGCGCUGUCGGCCUCGUGCGAGCUUGCGGAGGUGGAGGGCACCUACGAGACGUACGAGGGCUCACCCGUCAGCAAGGGCAUCCUGCAGCCCGACAUGUGGGACGUUAAGCCCACCGGCCUCAACGGAAAGCUGGACUGGGCAGCUCUCCGUGACCGCAUCACCCGCCACGGCGUCCGCAACAGCCUUCUGGUGGCGCCCAUGCCCACUGCCUCCACCUCCCAGAUCCUGGGCAACAACGAGUGCUUCGAGCCCUACACGUCCAACAUUUACGUGCGCCGCGUGCUGUCGGGCGAGUUCACGGUCGUGAACCAGCACCUGCUGCACGACCUGAACAAGCUCGGCUACUGGAGCCCCGACCUGAAGAACGAGCUGGUGGCGGCCAACGGCAGCGUGCAAGAGCUGGACAUUCCCGUGGAGCUCAAGGCGCUGUACAAGACGGUGUGGGAGAUCAAGCAGCGCACGCUGGUGGACAUGGCUGCGGACCGCGGAGCCUACAUUGACCAGUCGCAGUCGUUCAACGUCUUCAUGCCCGACCCCAACUUUGGCAAGCUUACCUCGCUGCACUUCUACGCCUGGCGCAAGGGCCUCAAGACCGGCAUGUACUACCUCCGCACCAAGGCUGCCGCCGACGCCAUCAAGUUCACGGUGGACCAGCAGGCCCUCGCCAAGAAGAAGAGCGCCCAGACGCCCAUCACCCUCGCCUCCCACAAGCUGCCUGCGGGCGCCGCUACGCCCAACAUCACCAACGCCGCCUCCACCAUUCCCUCCACCGCCACCACGCCGGCUGUGCAAGGCGGCGCCGCUGCCAUUGCCGCCGCCAAUGAGCGCCGCGCCGCACAGCUUGCACAGCUGGAGCGGGAACAGCAGCUCGCGGCGAUGGUUUGCAGCCUCGAGAACAAGGAUGCUUGCCUCAUGUGCGGGUCGUAAACGCUGGGGAAUCGUAGGGGAAGGAGCGCUAUGCAGCAAUCCCUGACGCUUCAUGACUGGGACCUGUUCUGUGAUGUAUGGCAGUUUGACGUGUAUGUGUGACCCGUGGGACUAGGGGCAGACGGCUUGCGCAUGCCACUUUUCACUACUUUUAGUCUUUUCCCUAUCAACUGGCCUCAUGGGGUAGUAAGUUCCACUUUACCCGUGUGUCAUGAGGGGUUUGCCGUUGGCCCGUGUUCUGCACUCACGUAUGGCAGGAGCGGUUCGGAUGAGGUCUACCGCCAUUGCGGUGGUGUUGUAGGUAUCUUCUCGGUGCAGGCUAUAUCUUUUACCAUGACAGUUUUACCACUUGACCGCAUUUGACUGACCAUGACCUAGGACGCGUGCAAUCAAGAUAGGGAAGGCACCGGCGUGUUUUACAAAUGUUAGGUAGGCAGAACAGGUAAACGGACAGCAUAGGUUUGUUCUGGUGUUGCCCCACGCAUUGUGGGAAUCGUUCAACUGGGGUACGGCUGCGCCGCAGACGGCUAUUUAGUCCUCGUACCAGACUAUCGGCCUUGCUUGGCCAUGUCGGCCCGCCGUGCAAUGACGGUCAUGUAACAUAUCUCAGUACGAUCAGGC